CAAUUGCAGAUGGCGUGCGUGUCAUUGUAGAUGGCGUUGGAAGCGUUAAAAGUAAUUUAUUAUGAUAUUUAGUGAAAUUGCAAUAGAAAUUAAGUUUUUCUACUGAUGGCUGAUUCAUUUUUUGGAUUCGACACCUCAUUGCCGCCGGAAGAUGACUUCGGAGACGGCCUGGAUGAUGAUGAUGAAUUGGAGUACGAUGCCUUAAAUGAUGAGACAUUCGGAGCGGCCGUCAGUACGGAUUGGGAGGGUAUCCAUGAGAACCUCGUGAAGCUCGAAAGUGAGAAGAAGCAGACCAAUGAGAAGCCUCACAGAGCACCUGUGGAGAAUGCAAAUUCUUCCCGGAAUAAAUAUGGUGCUGACUUGGAUGUGAACCUCUCACGAGUCUCUUUGGACGAUUGCUUCCUGGAGAAUUUAGAUGACCCCGAAUUGCCACUAAAAUUGGAUUCCAGCGUGUGGUCAUCUCCGGUGGAUCACAGAAAGCGCGAUGACCCGUACAAUGCCUUGUCCAAGCCGGACAUGUCAAAAGCGCCUAAAGCCCCCGUGCUCAAUUCCCAUUCUCCACUCCCGAAAAUGUUCACCGUGGAGGAUAUUGAGCGAAACAUCCGCAAAGCACAAACAACACCACGAGACGCUCUUGGGGCUCUCGGGAUGCCCCUCCAUUACGCCCCGGAGCCGCCGAAGCCACCAAAUCUGCCUCCGCCACCCAAUCAGCUGAACUGCCGGCACAUCAUGCCGCCACCGGGAAUUCUUCCGUCCCCACUGUCGCAGGCACACAACGUUCCGCUCUACAACGUUCCGAUGGCAAAGCAACAGCCGCCACCCUUUCGACCACCCCCAUCGGACUUUCCGCUAAUGCACCUGAUGACUUCCAUGGGCGGCCCGCCGAUGCCGCGUCCCAUCCCACCCGCCGGCAUGCCCCAAAUGCCCUACAGCAACAUGCCUAUGCAUUCAAAUUUUGGGGGUGUACGACCACCAAUGCCAGGACAGCCGGGCAGGAUAAAUCCCCUGAUGAAUGGGCCACCAUUUCCCACACCACCACCUCCGACUUCGCAGAUGCAAAGCAAUCCCGUCAGUGUGAAUCAAUACAAUAAGAGAUUAGUGCAAGAAAUACAGCAAAACCAUCCCAUGCUCUAUUUCAAUCGCAUGAAUAAUUUCGAUGCCGGGAAUAAUUCUUAUCACCAGAAUCAGAUGAAUGGAAGCAAGAACAGCAAUCAGAAUCAUCAACAGCAGCAUCGCUUUAAGCAGCAACAACAGCACAAAAGUGAUGGCAAUUUGAAUUUGGAGGAGUAUGAUGAAUAUGCAAAUUUAAUGAGUCAACGAAAUAAGCAGUGGCUGAUAGGGAUUCAAUUGCUGCAACUCAAUACGGAGACACCCUACAUUGAUGACUACUACUACACCGUCUUCAAGGAGAGACGUAUGAGGCGUGAGCGCGAGAGUAAGGCACAUCGGGAUAAUCAGAUGAAUCAUCCCCUGACACAGCCCAAGGGUCACCAACAGCUCGUGCUCAUGUCAAUGGGGAAGAAUGGGACGAAUCAGCGAAAUCACGAUCGCGAUAAGAAGAAUCAGGAUGCAAAUAAGGGUGACAAGGAGAUGACACCACGAACGUACACCCCGUUGCAGUUUGAGAAUAGCUUGGGGAAGCUUCAGUGUGGCAGUGUGACGGCACCGCGGAAGAUUAUUGACAUGGAUAUAAUGGGCCCGGAAACGGGGUAUCAAUUGAAUCCGAGCAUUGAGUUGAGUACACAGAAGAAAUCGCGACAGAUGUUGCUGCACAUUGAGUCCUUGUACAAAAUUGUGCUGAAGAUUGAAGAUCUGAAGAAUCCCAUUGCUGUUUCCACGGCGCUCGUGGUGAAGGCGAAGAAAGAGCGCGAGCGGAAGCAGGCCCUGGAGCAGUUGGAGAGUGAAGAUCCAGCUGAUGGGGAGGGUAAGAGUCGUCAGGCGGUACUCGAUGCGAUCGAUGAGAAGUACCCCGAGCCAGAGAAACUCGAUGAUCUUCUACCGCAACUUGUGGCGGGAUUGAGUGUGGACAAGGUGAUGGGAAUGAUGAAUGUACGAAAGGGGAAGACACUGAUAAAGCGUGCACUGCCGCAUUUAGUGGAUGAGGAGCAUAAAUGGCAAGUGUGGCAGGCAAUUUUUGCUGUUCUUCCGAUAAUCACCAAGAAGGAUCGUGAUGAUACAGACGGUUCCCUCGGGGGGCUCUUUACGGAGUUCAAGAAUCAUCUAAUUGUGGCAAAAUUGGGUGACUUUAUCACAGUUCCAAAAGCAAUUAUUGCAGCCAGCAAGAAACUGAACUUUAUUUUUGCGAGUAAGUUUGGCAUGCUGUCGAUAAUUGCGAUGAUGCUUAGGGUGGAAACAAUUUUUCAACUGGAUGAGAAUGAACCCCCGCUGACGGCAAGUAACGACGGGACGGCGUGGGGGCAAUUUGUGGCGACACUCGCUGCGUGUGCUGCCAAGCAGCCACUCACGGAAGCUGAGCAGAGUUUAGACAAAGAAAUUUUACAAAUUCUUCUCAAUCAUCUACGGAGGUAUCCUGAAAUUGAGACACAACCACUCACGACAGCUCUAUCGCAGGUGGAAUUUAAGUAAUUUCUUUUAAAUGCCCCCACUCCUCAUCCCCCCAUUUCCGGAGUCCCUCUACAAUAGUUUCUUCUAUUUUUACUUUUUUAUCGUCAACGUCUCUAUGGGAAAAAAUCUGUUUGUGACGAUUUAAUCGUGAGUACGGCAAUUACUUGCAACUACGGUGAAUCAGGACGAAAUAUCCUGUCGCGGAAAUUUUUCUCUUUUCCUCAUACCCAUAACUGUAUGUAAUAAUGAAUUUCUCUGACGAUGCUAUAUUAUAUUUCAUAUAAUUUAAAGGUGAAAUUUUAGGAAAAGAUAAACAAAUUAUAAACAAACAAAAAACAAAUAAUUUCCUCGUGCAAGUUAAUUAUUAUUUAAUUUCUCUCGUCAGUUCAAACUUGUGUUUUUUUUUUUUAAUUGCAAGCGCACUUGUUUGGAAUAGAUGUGAGAUAUUGUAAACUUUUUUUUAUAUUGCGCUCUGUAAUAUUUUAUACACCACUAUUCUCCCAUCCAUAGCUCCUUUAUGCAUAAAUUUAUUUUCCCCGCUUUGCCUCUUUUAUUUUUGUAGUAACACACGAUAAAUGAAAAAAAAAUUAUAAAUGUGGAUGUAAAAAAACGAUUUUUUACAAUGUCACACAGCAACAAAUGGAUUUUCUUUCUUAAAACAAAAAAAAAACAACAAAAAAUGUAAAUUAGGAUAAAUAAUUAACAUAUUUCUCUGUCAUAAGUUAAUGAAAAAAAAACUUUUAUCUUCUGUUGUAGUUAAUAAAAUAUAUUUAAUAAUGUAAGCAAAAGAAUGCAAAACAUCAAA